AUCGAAAUCGAAUUUCUCCCUUCAACCCCUUUCUGGACUCAACUUUGGGAACAAUUAAAUUUCGCUCGACUUUUUAGGGUUUUCAAAUUUUUAUUCCUUUCCCCCUCUAUAAUUCUGAAUUAAUCUAAGCCAAUUAACUCUUCCCGUCUUCCGUUUGGGGAUCAAUACCGAUGGCUGCCAACAAUAAUACUCUUGGUGUUGAUAAUACUUUCAGAAAGAAAUUCGAUCGAGAAGAAUAUUUGGAACGCGCUCGAGAGCGUGAGAAACAGGAAGCAGAAGGCAGAAAUAAAUCCAAAGCAAAAGGCCCUCCAGUGCAAAGGAAACCCCUGAAGCAUAGGGAUUAUGAAGUCGAUCUUGAGUCUCGUUUGGGUAAAACUCAGGUUGUUACUCCAGUAGCACCUUUAAGUCAGCAGGCUGGAUACUAUUGCUCAGUUUGCGAGUGUGUAGUGAAAGAUUCUGCUAACUACUUGGAUCACAUCAAUGGGAAGAAACAUCAAAGAGCUUUAGGCAUGUCCAUGCGAGUAGAACGGGCAUCCCUUAAACAGGUUCAAGAGCGAUUUGAGCAAUUAAAAAAGCGAAAACCUCCUGGAAGCUUCACAGAGCAAGAUCUUGAUGAACGGAUCAUCAAACAGCAGGAAGAAGAGGAAGAGCGAAAGCGCCAACGACGAGAAAGAAAGAAAGAGAAAAAGAAAGAGAAGGCCGCAGAAGAGGAACCUGAAAUUGAUCCUGAUGUGGCAGCUAUGAUGGGGUUUGGUGGGUUCGGAUCAUCUAAAAAAUGAUCGCAUUUGUUUAUGUAUCAUUACAUAUUGUUUUAUUUGACUCUAGUUAUUCAGGCUUUUGGUGGUUGACUGACUUGUAAGGUUUCCCGGUUCAGAAAGGGUAGAAAAGUAAAAAUUGCUCAACAUGCUUCGUUCGUCUUCCAGAUUCCGAGUUCAGUCAUGGAAAAAUUACUAAACUUGAGCAUCUAUGGAUGCAUGGUUGAUCUCCUUGCGCGUGACACAAUGGUUUAUGACUUAAUUAUUUAAAAACCAUGCGUGUUUAUGUUAUGCCAUGCAGUAUGCUACUUUUAUGGGGUUCUAUGCUCAGUGCUUGCCCUAUAGAACCAUGGAAUUCGGGUAAACUGUACACUGUUAUUAAUUUUUUAUGUGGAAGGAUGGAGAUGAGUUGAAGUAGAGAAAUAAAGAGUAUGGACCAGGGAGGGGUGUCAAUGGAACCAACUUGGUGAUUUUUCUUUUUAGUACAUGGUUUAUGGAGAUAAUUUCUUUCUUUUUCUCUACCAAUAAAUUGGGUGGUUUAUGCCAUGUCUAGAAGCGAAGGUAUUUUCUAUUUUAAUGUACUAUAGAGACACUUGUUUUAAUAGUUAGAUUGUAAAUUAGUUUUUAUUUGAUAAAAAUUUCAUCUAUUUUUAAGGUUAUCUCA